CAAAGGCAUUAAGGAGACUUUCUUAACUCUCCUACCUGCAUCGGAGUCUCCACAUACCACAUACCAGGUUGUGUGGUAGCAAGACUAUUGGCCUAAGAAGGGUCAGCCCAGACCCCCUGUGAAGAAGGCAACUGAGAUAAAGGGAGAAGAUGAGUUGAAGAGUAGAAGAGAUGGAGUCCUCAGGGAUCCAGAGCCCCUUGGCAAAGAAGUCUCAAGGAGCCAUUGUAUGAGGCUGUGAUGUCAGAGCUGACAUCACAGAGGCGACCUGACAGAGUGACUUCUGACCAGAAGGCUUCAGGGGUGGUUAUUAGCAAGAUGAGGGCAGUGUGGAGCCCUGUAUAAGAGGAAGGACAGGGCUACAGCUGAUUGGUAUGUAUUCCUCAGACUGGGCCCUUUUUCCUGACUUUGCCUCUUUACUCAGCAACUAGAGACCUCUUUCCCAGGGCCUCAGGUUUCCCUCCCCUGAUCCUGAUAUCUCUCAAAUCCAUAGUCUUCCAAAGCAUCCUAUCCCAAAGGCCUCACAGCCCCUUCCAUGUGGACACUCCAGCUUCCCCACCCCAAGAUGCCAGGCCCUUUUCCCAAUCACAUUUCCUACUCUCAUCACUGCCCAAAAGGUGAUCUUUGUCUCCCAUCCCCAUCCCUCAGCUGUGUCCCCACAGACCUGGGCCUCCUGCUGCCCGCCAUGGCCAAACGCAGAGAGGCACUGCCGCAGGGCAGCCCAGCACCAGGCCAGGAUCCUCAGCUCAUCAAGGUGAUAGUGAAGACACCCAAGGACAAGGAGGAUUUCUCAGUUAUAGACACUUGCACCAUCCAGCAGCUGAAGGAGGAGAUAUCCCAGCACUUUAAGGCCCACCCUGAUCAGCUGGUCCUAAUCUUUGCUGGCAAAAUCCUCAAGGACUCUGACUCAUUAGCACAGUGUGGAGUGCGAGAUGGCCUCGCUGUACACCUAGUUAUCAAGAUGCCACGCCACACCCUGGGCACUGAGUGCCCCGCUGCUUCAGUCCCCACCCCAGCCCUAAGCCCUGGGCUGCUCCCUCAGCCGGGCUCCAUUUACUCAGCAGAGAGACCACCCACCUUUAGCUUGGGUGUUCUCACGGGCCUCCGUGGGCUAAGACUGACCUCUGGUAGUUUCCCCAACCAGCCCAGCUCACUCAUGUCUCAGCACGUAUCUGUGCCUGAGUUAGUGGCUCAGAUCAUUGAUGACAUCUUCACCCAGGGUCUGCUAUCUAACACAGGCCUUGUGUACCAGCUGAUUCUCAACAACCCCCACAUGCAGCAGCUGAUCCAGCACAACCCUGAUAUUGGGCAUAUUCUCAACAACCCUGAAAUCAUGCGGCAGACGCUGGAGUUUCUACGCAAUCCAGCUGUGAUGCAAGAGAUGAUGCGUAGCCAGGACCGGGCGCUCAGUAAUCUGGAGAGCAUCCCCGGUGGCUACAAUGUGCUUUGUACCAUGUACACAGAUAUCAUGGACCCAAUGCUUAAUGCUGUACAGGAGCAGUUUGGUGGCAAUCCCUUUGCUAAUGCCACUACCGUUAAUGCCACCAGAGAAAGCUGUCAACCUUCAAGGAUGGAGAAUUGUGACCCUCUCCCUAACCCUUGGGCUUCCACCUAUGGAGGCUUGGGUGGCAGACGAGGCAGGGGGCCUGGAGAUGAGGCAGUAUCCGAAAUUAGAAAUAGGGUCUCCAACAUUCUGGGUAACAUAGGGCUCUAUGACUAUCUCCAGCAGUUCCAUGAGACCUCUCAGUCCCUGGGAACCUACCUGCAGGGGUCUGCAUCCACCCUCAGCCCCAGCCAAGAACCACCACCACCACGAAACCGAGCUCCCCCAGCUCCACUCUCAUCCCAGGAACCUAAGGAAGGUCAGCCUCUCCCCAGGGAGUCAAUAACAAUCAAAGGACAGUCAUCCUCUCCAGCCUUCUUGAGAUACUCCACAGAGAGCAGUACUGGACAGGACAGAGGCCAAGAUAGUGCAGGGAAUGGCUCCGACGGCCACAACGCCAAAAUGCCUGAUCUCAUCUCAGGGCAGGGGAGCCCUGCCCACAGGGGUCCAUCUGUUCCUUCCCUACCUUCCACCAUGGCAGCUUCUCCUGGGAUCCCUGAGCAUGCCCUGCUGCCACCGCCAGCUUAUCCAAGAUCUCUGAGGCCAGCCAGCCUGAAUCCUGUCCCACAGCCGCAGGAUGAAAUGCGCUGCCAGCUGCCACUGAUGCUGCACCUUCAGGCGGCCACAGCCAGUCCUCGGGCCGUGCACGCCCUGCUGCAGAUUGAGCAGGGUCUGCAGACCCUGGCUGCUGAAGCACCUCGCCUCCUACUCUGGCUCAUGCCUUGCCUAGCAGGGCUGGGAAGUACAGGAGGUACUGAGCCGAGAGAGGGCACCGUUAUGCCUGAGGAUCCCCCCCAGGCCCCAGCCCCUGAGGUUCCCACAGCACAGAGCUCUCUGGGGCUGGGCCUCCACUCUACCCUCCUCCUCCAGAUGUUGCAAGCCCUGGCUGCAGCCGAUUCCCAGCAGCUGCAGCCCGAAGCUCACUUCUGGGUACAGCUGGAGCAGCUGCGGGCAAUGGGCUUUCUGAAUCCUGAAGCCAACCUCCAGGCUCUCAUUGCCACCGGGGGUGACAUGGAUGCUGCUGUGGAGAAGCUGAGGCAGUCGUAGGAGCCCUAGGUGUUCAGACCACAUCUUGUCUCUGUGCCCUUUCCCCACAGCCACGACCCUAAUGUCCCCAUUCUUGAAUGCAGUUGCACUAUGAACCAAAUUCACUAUGAUGCCCUUUACUGCAUAAACAAUGUUGGUGCAGUCAGUGAGGAAGAAUGAGAGCCAGCAACAGGGUGGGGGUGCUGUGUGAUCCAAAUACCUCUGCCACUGUG